AACAAACUAUCCUGGAAAUGGAUUCCACAGAAAAUGAGACUAAUUGCGAGGAAGCAUCCCAGUGUGCCGAGGAGGAAGAAGUGGAUCCCAGAAUCCAGGGAGAGCUGGAGAAGUUAAACCAGUCUACAGAUGACAUCAACCGCUGGGAGAGUGAGCUGGAGGACUGCCGCCAGCGGUUUCGUGCGGUGCUGGUGGAGGCCACGGUGAAGCUGGACGAGCAGGUGAAGAGGAUUGGCCGAGCCGUGGAUGACUCCAAACCGUACUGGGAGGCCAGGAGAGUGGCCAGACAGGCCCAGGUCGAGGCCCAGAAGGCUACCCAGGAGUUCCAGCGGGCGGUGGAGAUCCUGCGGGCGGCCAAGGAGACCAUCGCCCUGGCCGAGGAGAGGCUCCUGGAGGAGGACAGCCGCCAGUUUGACUCAGCCUGGCAGGAAAUGCUCAACCACGCCACACAGAGGGUGAUGGAGGCCGAACAGGCGAGAACGCGCAGCGAGGCCGAACACAAGAAAACAGCAGCCAAUUACAACUCCUGCAUCAGUCACAUGAGGCAGCUGGAGAAGAAACUCAAACGCUCCAUCAACAAAUCCAGACCGUACUUCGAACUGAAAGCAAAGUAUUAUCUGCAGCUUGAGCAACUGAAGCGUCAUGUGGAUGAGCGUCAGGCCAAGCUCGUCGUCGCUAAGGCCGAGUACCGCGCGGCGCUGCGUAACCUGGAGACCAUCUCCGAGGAGAUCCAUGCCCAGCGACGCUCCCUCGCCAUGGGAACCAGGGAGCAAGGUGUGGGUGCAGAGGGGGACGCGGCCAACGAGGACAUCGACAACUUCAAAAUGGAGUCAGACGGCCUGUCAAUGGUGUCUGUGUCAAUUGACGAAGAGGGCAGUCACAGUAGCGGCUCAGAGGAAGAGACAGACAGUCACUCCACCUCUUCACCCCUAGACGUGCCCCCCUCUUCCUCCUCAUCCCGUCCGUACACCUCCACCCCCACCCCCUUGGACCUGCCCUGCCCGUACCCCUCCUCCUCGCUCUGCAGCCCCUGCUCCUACCUCUCCUCCUCCCCCUCCACCUCCCCUCUCUCCUCCUCCUGUCCCGGCACCCUGGAGUUGCAGAGCCCCUGUGGCUCUGAUGACCCAGACUCAGUGUGUGGUUCUGGGCAUGCCUCUCCUCUCCUGGGCCCUCGCAGCCAGUGCAGUGGAGCCUCCUCCCCAGACUGCGACCAGGAGAGAGGUGACAGAGCGGAGGGAGCAGAGGCCACACUGGAAGCUGGUCUGAACAAGCUAACGUUGACUGUAGCACACAAACAGGACUCUGGGGACGAACAAGACUCUUACACCAUGAGCCCUGAAAUCGCCCCUGCCACCCCAGCUGCCCCGAUUCUCCUCCUCAACAGCGCCUAAUGGACGUUUUUUUUUUUUUUUUUUUUUCUUAAUACUCCACCCGUACCAAGCCUCAAGUCCCAGCCUGGACUCAGUGGCAGCAGGUCUGGAAGAGGACGCAGUGUUGACAGCUCGGGUUGAAAUUCAAACUUUAUACAGUGACUGUACUGGCUGUAUGCUCACAACUCUGAUGUGAGAAAAACCAUCUUUACUGAGGCAUUGGUUUCCCAAAACCAACCUGACAUUGAGUCACAGUGUCGUCGCAACAUUGGUUUCCGCCUGACGUCGUAUUAAAGGUGCUGUGUGUAGCAUUUUUUUUUUUUUUUUACCUCAAUACAUCUUUGUCAAAUGAUUGCCAUACCAUGUUAUAAAUACUGUAAACAAAUGGAGACGAUUGGUAGCCUCUGUCUCACACCAGUGGUAUUGUUAAUGCUCUAUUUUUCAAAGUUAAGCCCAUAUUUCCCAUAAACCCUAAAGAGGAUGUUCCUUUACGUCUACCCCGUCACUUUCAUGUUGGAAGUGAUUUUUCCAUCGGCUUUUCACCCAUUCCGCCCUCUGUUAUCACCACGAACCGAGAGCUUUAACUCCAUUCACACUGGAUGGACAGCGCCCUCUUCCUGUUUUGUGCCACAGAGCAGUUUCCAGCAGAUUUCCCAUCAAUCCAAUAGCACACAAUGUAACAUGCAGCGUAGAGGCCGUCUGUCCUCUCUGUAUUUGUUUACAGCUAAUAUCUUGAAGUCAAUGUGGUAAUCAUUUAUUGGUGGUGAAAUGUUACACAUAGAACCUUUAAAAUAUAUUCUCUUUGUUAUCGAUGUUACGAGUGAGAAGCUGCCUCUGUUUUAGCUCUAAGUGUCUUCAUACCAGUUCUACAGGACGGAUACGGGACAAGAAGAGACUGUCUAAGACCUGAUUGUUUCUAGCUGUCCCUCGGUUUUCCCGACCCCUCCUAUCACUCCUAAAUGUCAGGCACAUGACACUUGAAACACACCAUGAGGAGUCUAUGUUGGAGUGGCAGCAGUAAACAAGGAGGAAGGGGGGCGUGCACGUGGUACUCUGACAGUACCGAAGGAAAGCAGAGACUGAACCCUGUGGCCUCUGAGCCCAGCACACGUUUCAGCUUGACACACACACCGUCUUCCAUUGGGAUUAGUGAAUGUGUGAGUGAGUGUGUAUUCCAGAGGCAGACCACCAUCUGCCUCAAGGUAAAGUGACUGAUUUUAUUUGUACAUAACCCGGAGUGAGUGAUUUUGUGUGUUUGUCUGUUGUCGUGUUCGUGUGUGUUUUUGAGAAAUGCUCAAAUACUCUCCUGUAGUACAGAUACUCUAUAUUUAUACUCCUGUAUUCCUGUAUAUGAACAAUGUUUUGUGGUUGUCGUUGUGGUUAUUGUUUUAACACGAUGUCCAUGUUGUCAGAGCAAUAAACUCGUGUUUGGCUUCGAGAAAUCAAA